AUGGUAAAGAGAUACGGAGCAUUAUUCACCUGUUUAGCAAGUCGUGCAAUCCAUAUUGAAGUCGCUGACACUAUGGAGACGGAUUCGUUUAUCAAAGCGCUAAGGAGGUUCAUUUGUAGAAGAAGCCCAGUCCAAGAAAUUCGCUGUGACAGAGGAACGAACUUCAUCGGUGCGGAAAACGAGCUCAAAAGAACAAUCGAGGAGAUUGAUGACGAAAAGGUGAAGACAGAGCUACUGAAAGACAACAUCGAUUGGAUUAAGACUCCAGCCUCCGCGAGCAACUUUGGAGGCGUGUGGGAAAGACAAAUUCGGUCAAUCAGGAACGUCAUCAAUGCGCUUAUGAAGGAACACGGGACUCAAAUGGACGAAGAAAUCUUGAGAACAUUCCUAUGUGAAGCAGAAGCUACAGUUAACAACAGACCUUUCACAUUGGAAACCCUCAACGAUCCACUUUCUGAACCACCAUUAUCUCCAAGCAUGCUUCUUACAGGAAAGACGAAGCUUGUAUUGCCCCCGCCGGGAGAAUUCAAGGGAGAAGACAUGUAUUGCAAGAAAAAAUGGAGAAGAACGCAGCAUUUAGUGCAAGAGUUUUGGCAGAGAUGGAGCAAGGAAUACUUGCAACAACUGCAAUCGAGAUCCAAGUGGACGCAACCAAAGAGAAAUUUUACGACGGGAGAUGUUGUCUUGCUGCGAGAAGUUCAAUAUCCAAGAAAUAAGUGGCCCCUGGCUAAAGUUGUACGUGCUCAUCCAGAUGAUCAAGGCCAAGUUAGAUCGGUUACGGUACUGACGCCGAAUAGAUCUAUGCUCGAAAGACCAUUAAUAAGCAUGUUCUGCUCUUAGAGUCACAAUAGACUGGGAUUCCCCAACGAGGAGCCGGGACAUUCG